ACGGAUCCUAUGUUUUCUACGUGCCCGUGCAUUGAAACAGAUCUGGGGGGAUACAAGACAGGACAGCCUAAGUGUGACUAGUUUUUGCCAUUACGUGUUUUCUCCAAUCCUAUCUCACCACGUGGCUGACUUAACUUUGACUUUGUUUAUUUUUAAUAUAUAUUUUUUAAUUUUCUAACCUCUUCUUCUACACUCUUACCACGACCCCCUCCUCAAAGCCGAACCUUUUGCAGCAGCAAAAAGAAAACCCCAAAGAAUCUCUUUCUCUGUCUCUGUUUCUGUCUCUGUCUAGCAGUUGAAGUUGAGUCGUUAACUAUGAUUCUUCGGUCGCUUCCAAUCGUGGUUCUGGUGCUGGGGAUUUUAUCCCCUGCGACGCAAUCGUUACGGUUCGAGCUGCAAUCAGGACAGACUAAGUGCAUCUCCGAAGACAUCAAGAGCAAUUCAAUGACGGUCGGGAAGUACCACGUUGUCAAUCCCAACGAGGGUCACCCUUUGCCUGAUUCUCACAAGCUCACCGUCAGGGUAACGUCGACGUAUGGGAAUAGUUUCCACUCGGCGGAGAAAGUGGAGACAGGGCAGUUUGCGUUUACGGCGGCGGAGGCGGGUGAUUACAUGGCUUGCUUUUGGGCGCCGGUUCAUUCGCCGCAGAUUACGAUAACCGUUGAUUUUGAUUGGAGGACUGGAGUCCACGCUAAGGACUGGUCCAACGUUGCCAAGAAAGGCCAAGUCGAUGUCAUGGAACUGGAGCUGAAGAAGUUGUAUGAUACUGUUACUUCCAUUCAUGAGGAAAUGUUUUAUUUGCGGGAAAGAGAAGAAGAAAUGCAGGAGCUGAACCAAGCUACUACCUCCAAAAUGUUCUGGUUGUCCUUCCUCUCACUGUUUCUUUGUUUGUCAGUAGCAGGAAUGCAAUUUUGGCACUUGAAAACCUUCUUUCAGAAAAAGAAGCUCAUAUAAGUUUGUAGGACAACAAUUUUCAUUUUUUCCGCUGUACUCUUGUAAAAUAUUUUGGCAAAAAUGUUCUUUGACAAAAAUAAUUUCUUAGAUUAAUUGGAAUUUUCAAUAAUCUCUUCAUAGAUUUGUAGCCACACUUUAUGUGUUUCUUUUAGGAAGAGAGAGAUACAAAGGGAUACACACUGGUACCCUUGCCAGUUGCUGCUUUUCCCCUUCAACUGGAACCCGAACUGACCUCCUCCAGCCAUGGAGCAUUUCUGUUUGUAAUCUCAUCUCUUUCAUCC